CCCCAGCCCCCGAGCCCAAUCCCAAAGCAGCACGGGGAGACCCUCAUCUCAAUCUCAGUCUUCAAUGACCCAUGGGCCAUGGCACCAAUCCCCAGUGAAACGUACCUGCAGCACGGCACCCAUUGGGCCACGCCGUCAGGCCGUCCUGCCGGCCCCCUUUUCCCUGUGCCUGUGCCUGUGGCUCGCGGUGGCUCGUGGUGGCCUCCCGGGAUCCACGGUGAAUCUCCGUCCUCGACACUGCAUUCCCUGGGUUAUUAAGACUUGGCUACCUGGGGUGCUGGGGAGAUCGACUGGACGUCCUGAAGUCUGUCGUGUGUGCGAAGUGCACCAGCAGCACACAAUUGCAUUCAUUUGCUUGGCUCGCCUCGUCCCAUUUCCAUCCCGUCCCCAUCCCGUCCUUUUUCACUCCCGUCCCUCCCCUCCCUUGCCUGCUCUCUGUCCACAGACCUCGAGUCGACCCUCACCUUCAUUUGCUGCUCGAGAACGUCUCGAGAACCUCCACGCUGCUUCUGCCCACGCCGCCUCGCCGUGGCUGCCGCCCACAUCUUGUUCCCCGUGGACCUGGCAGUUGUACCUGCUAUUCUCUGCUACUGAUCCCUUCGCCGGCAAGCUUGUGCUCGCCGUGUCUGUCUUCGCGUGCUCUAGCCGUCGACGAGACAGGACCAGGUGCUGUGCCAUUGAGGUCGACAGCCACCGUAUUAUAAUUGAUAAUUAUUUUGUUUGUUUGGUUUUGGCAGUGCAAUCCAACAGGCGCUCGACACCAUGCUGUUGCCACGCUCCUUUCUGCUGCCCGCUGCUGUGCUGCUGGGCGCUGCCCAGUUUACGCUGGGACAGACAACGACCAAGUGCAAUCCCUUGAACAGCACCUGCGAACCAGACCCCGCCUUCGGCACAGACUUCAACUUCGUUUUCAAUGCCACUCCGAACGAGGCGGCCUGGGAGAACCACGUCGGAAAGGUUGCAUACGGCGACGAGGGCGCCGAGUUCACCAUCAACAAGCAAGGAGACUCGCCCACUAUCCGCUCGAAAUUCUACAUCUUCUUUGGCCGCGUCGAAGUAUGGUGGAAGGUGGCCCCCGGCCAGGGCGUCAUCUCGUCUUUGAUGCUGUUGUCUGACGAUCUGGACGAGGUCGACUGGGAGUUCCUGGGCGGCGACGGCAAGCGCGUCGAAACCAACUACUUCGGCAAGGGCGUGGGCAACUACACGUGGAUGAGCGAGUAUGAGGUCCAGGGCGGCACAACCAACGACUACCACAACUACACCAUCGACUGGACAAAAGAAGCUCUCGACUGGCAUAUUGACGGCCAACAUGUCCGCCACCUAACCAUCGAGGAGGCCAACAACACGUGGAGCUUUCCACAGUCCCCCAUGAGGAUUUCUCUUGGCAUCUGGGCUGGUGGUGACCCUACGAUGCCCAAGGGCACCAUCGAGUGGGCAGGGGGUGAGACGGACUACACCAAGACCCCGUACACCAUGUAUGUCAAGAGUUGCCGCGUUACCGACUAUGGUCGUGGCACCGCAUACAAAUACACCGACAUGUCGGGCACCUGGCAGAGCAUCGAGGAGGUCGAGUCCGAGAAGAACUCGACUGCGGCCGCCGCCGUCCAUGCCGAACCCGAGAAGAGCGUCUCGGAGAAGUUCAACGAGCUUCCCACUGGUGCCAAGAGCGCCGUCUUUGCAUGCAGUGCCGCUGCUGCCGUUGGUCUGGCGGUCGCCGCGGGUUUCUACUGUUUCCGCCAGCGCAAGAGGGGCCAGCACGAGGCACAGAUGGCUGUUGUGAGGGCUGAGGAGGAGCGCGUAGAGCUGGAACGGUACAAGGCGGCCGGAGUCAACCCCGACGGAUUCACCGACAUGGCCCCGACCCCGAAUGAGAAGUUCGGUGCGGCCGCUGCAUCCAGGCCGCUACUGAACAACGGCGGCUCGCCCCCGGGUACCCCACAUGACGGCCAGGACCCGUAUAGAGAUGGCUUUUCGCCCCUGGGCUCGGGCAGUGGUGGCUACUCCUCGAACCCCAAUGGGUUCCGGUAGAUGACAGAUCCGGUUGACACUUACUCGAGGUUGAAGGGACGAGCAGCCGCAGCGGGUCCGGAGUCAAGUUCGGGUCUACACAUUUACUUCACUUCGAACGACCGCAUCUGUUACAGUGUUUAUCUUCCUGUCAUUUCAAGUUUUCGGCCAUCCAGAUUCUUUGUGCCUCGACACUGUCGCGCGCAUGUUCUCCGACGGCGGGUCGCAGUCAUCUCAGAUGCGAUUUACCAUAUUCAUGGAUACGACGUGUAUAUAUACCCUUUAGUUGCGAGUACUUAGCGGAGUCGAACAAAUGUUUCAGUUUAGAGGUCACCCUGGGGCAGUCAGUGGAAUUGUUACAUAUGUAUGGCUGCGGCCUUUGGAGACUCAGCAGCAUUCGAGCCCCGGUGUUGCCCAUGCCUAUCUAUACUAUCUCGCGCGGGAUUCAUAAAGCCAACGGCUUCUCCAACGGGCCCUUUGGCCAUGUCGCAAAUCUAGAUGGUGAUUUCCUCAUCGGUAGUUUCACAUCAUAGCCCUGGAGAGGAUGAGCCCUGGCCGUGCCAAAGAUUAGAGAUGGAUAUCACUUGCCCAUAUUACCAACUUUUCCCACCCCUUGCGAAUGGCUUCUUGGAGGCAAGGCGAUCUGACACUCAGUGAUGCACACUGUUUCCUCCUGGUGGUUAGUGGGCCAAACCUUCCUUUCGGUCAACUUCUCGCCGAUCCAGACCUCCAGGGCUUGCGAUGGUGUGGCCAGCGGGGGCUCGCCGAAACCCCGUUCACCGUUCCGAACUCAGGUCCCACGUGUAAAUCCUGCAAACCACCACCAAAGCCAGCUGAAAUUGAAGUACAUAGCGAGUUAGAGCGUCGCCUCCUGUGCGCCACAGGCCCCAGGCCCGCGCCGGCUCAGGUUGUCUUCUCGGCCGGCCUAAGUGACAUAAAUGAUAGCAGGACCGAGAACAAAACUCAUAAGUUACAGAAAUCGGAUCCACAAAAUCGGUGCGGGAAACCCGGUCCUUUCUCCUGUUGGCAGCAGCCAGCCCUCCCUCGACCUGGGCACCGGGCCAAAGCCGACAGAAUUAGCAUGACCUGCUGCAGCCGGUUUUCAGCCAGCCCGUCACGGCCACAUCUGGGCCCAAGUGCCCAGACGUGGGAUCUACGCUCUCAUGAUAUAUGUGAAGGGGGAACCGUCGACACCUAGCACGACAACGUGGUACCUUGGUAGUAAAUAU